AUGAUCUCCAAGGAAGCAGAGAAUGCAGGUCAAGAGCAGCAGUUCUUGAACAGCAAGGGGUCCUCGAUGGCCUUCAAGGUCUUCUCACGGCAGGCGCUUCUCCAGGCCUUUGCCAAACAGGCAGGUUUGGGAUGGGCCCUGGGGUCUGGACUUUGCUGCACCAGUCCCUACGACUACGAUGUUCAGAGAAAUGGAGAGAUUCACUUCGACUAA